GAAAUGCUGUGGUACCAAGAGGUCCUGUAUAUAAACACCUUUCUAUCUUAUCUUCAUUCUCAGGGUUUGCUUCAGUGCCAGUGAAAGGGAGUUGCUGUUCCUAUUCUAGCCUGGCAUGGGCUUUCCAAACAAGGUGUUCCAUCUCUGCCCCCCGGACUGUGACAUUUGAGCAACGCAGAUCAAGCAGUUUCUUCAAUACAUUGACAGCUGAUGAGCUAUGGAAAGGAGCUUUGGCAGAGACUGGUGUGGGAGUAAAGAAAGGAAGAGGAAAGAGAAGGAAGAAAAGGCUAAGGAAGAAUCUCAAUAGAGGCCAGGAGAUUGGUGAAGGACGUUCUGGUUUCCUUUGGCCUGGUCUUAAUGCUCCUGUGAUGCAAAGUGGGAGAGUCCAGACAGUUACCCAACGAAAAAAAGAAGAACAAGAGAGAAUUCAGUCUGAACUUGUUCAGCAGAGAGAUACAUGGGAGAAGAAAAGAAAACUAAAAGUUAAGAGAGAAGGAGGAUGGAGUGGAAAGUGUUGGGGAGGUGUCCUUCUGGAUCCUCCUGACCCAGGUCCUAAUGGAGAAACUUAUGAAGAUUUUGAAACAAGAGUCAUUGAGGUGAAAAAUGUGUUUUGUAUGAAGGCAAAAGAAGGCAGAAAAAAAUCAAUACGUGCCUUAGUGGCUGUUGGAAAUGGUAAAGGUGCUGCAGGGUUUGCACUGGGGAAGGCAAGUGACAGGAUGAAUGCUCUGAGGAAAGCAAAGAAUAAAGCAAUACACUGCUUGCAUUUUAUAGAGCUGUAUCAGAACCACACAAUUUACCAUGACAUUGCAGUGAAAUUUAAACGCACAGUCAUCCGCAUGAAGAAGCAAAACAAAGGGUAUGGUCUUCAUUGCCACCGAGCUAUCAUCACCAUCUGCAAACUAAUUGGCAUUAAAGACAUGUACGCCAGGGUUUCUGGAUCCAAAAACUUGAUUAACAUUACCAGAGCUCUCUUUAAAGGCUUGACACAACAGGAGACUCACCAGCAGUUAGCAAACCAGAAGGGUCUGUAUGUAGUGGAGUUCCGGGAGGAGCAGGGCCCUCUGCCCAUCGUUGUGGCACUGCCCGAGGGGACUGUCCGAGAGGAUCCCGAGCCUGAAGAUGAGGUUCCAGACACAAAGCUGGAGUGGAGCGAGGUGAAAGCAGCUCAGGGAAUGAAGAAAUCUCCCUGGGCGAACGUCAGACGGACAAUAUGGUAA